AUGACCAAAGAACACGACUACGACGCGGUCAGAGCCGAAAUCAAGAAGAUCCUCCCCCAGCCCGGCUACGACGCCGGUUCGUCCGGCCCAGUCCUCGUCCGCCUCGCCUGGCACUGCUCAGGGACUUACGACAAAACAACCAACACAGGCGGCUCAAACGGCGCAACAAUGCGCUACGCCAUCGAAGCCAACGACCCCGCAAACGCCGGUCUCGAACACGCGCGUGAAUUCCUCGAACCCGUCAAGUCCAAGUUUCCAUGGAUUUCGUAUGGAGACCUUUGGACGCUCGCCGGUGUUGUCGCGUUGGAGGAGAUGGGUGGGCCGAGGGUUGAGUGGAGGGGUGGGAGGUUGGAUCACACGGAUGACUCGAACGUCCCGCCUAAUGGCCGUCUCCCCGAUGCCUCACAGGGGUGCCCCCACCUCCGCGACGUCUUCUACCGCAUGAACUUUUCCGACCAAGAAAUCGUCGCUUUAUCCGGCGCGCACACACUCGGCCAAUGCCACCCCGACCGCUCCGGUUUCGAUGGGCCCUGGGUUCGCAAUCCGAUUCGUUUUUCGAAUACAUACUUCAAACUCCUCCUCGCGGAAACUUGGACCCCGAAAAUCAAUGUAGCAGGAAACCUCCAGUUCCGUGACGACGACGACGAGAUCAUGAUGCUCCCCACCGACAUGGCACUCCUCGAUGAUCCUAAAUUCGUGAAAUGGGUCAAGAUCUACGCGGAGGAUAAGGAGAGGUUCUUCAAGGAUUUUGCGGGAGUGUUUGGGAAGUUGAUCGAGUUGGGGGUACAGAGGGAGGAGGGCGGGAAUAGGAAGACGGAGGUUAGGGAUUUGGACAAGGAGGGGCCGAAGGCGAAGUUGUAG